AUGUCUUCUAAUAAAAAUUUAGAGUAAUCUCCAGAAUCACAAAGUGUUAGAAAUUCAAUUCGUCACUAAUCGUUAAAUUAGAGUGUACAUGAAUUCUCUGGAUACAAAGAAAAAAUGUAAGAUCUAAUGUUACCCAAUGUUGAAUUUGUGGAUCCAUAAAAUUUUAAGAAAUAAAAUGAAUGCAUAGUUUGUAGCAUUGAAUUUACCUAGACUAAUAGAUAGCAUCAUUGUAGAAUGUGUGGAAAUUCAUGUUGCGGAGUAUGUUCACAAAAGACAAUCAAUAAGAAUAGAGUUUGUGAUAUUUGCUAUAUGAAAGCAUCUCAAAUAACUGCUGAAAAAAAGAGGACCAAAUUUUUACAAACCUUAAAGGAAUCUGCAAAAAAAUUAAGAAAACAUAUAGAAUAAGCAGAAAAGAAGAAAUAAGAAUUAUAAGAGGAACGAGAUGCUCAAAAGGAUAAAUCACAGAUUGAUUUAAAGGUAAUAGAAAAAGAAACAGAAGAUUAUAGAUUGAAGUAUUCUCAAAAAACAUAGGAUAAGUGUUUAUAUGAACAAGAAGUUGAAGAAAUAAAAAUGAAAAUAUCUGAACUUAAUUCGCUUAAAGAAUAAAUCUAAUAGGAGUAUUAGGAAAAGGAAUAAGAAAUAAGAGCCUAUGAUACUAAUUUAUAUUUAAGGGAUCAAGAAUUGAAUGAUAAAAAGACCUAAUUAUAAAGGUUAAGAUAAUAAAAAGAAGAAUUAGAAAAUAUGUCUAAUCGAAUUGAAUAAAACCCAGAAUUAGCUGAAGAAAUUAAUAUUCCGGAGCCUAUUUAGCCUAUAUUAUAAGAAUAGUCAUAAUAAUAAUGGUAUAACACUAACAUUGAUAUUGAUGAAAUUAUGUAUGGAAAUACUGAUAAUUCUAAGGAUUCAACAACAUUAAUUAAGCAAGAAUAGCCACAAUAGCAGCCUAAGAAAUAAGAAGUUAAAAAACCAAAUAAACCAAAUAAACCAAAGGAAAAUGAUGAAACUGAAGAUGAAGAUAAAUAUAAAUGCAUUAUUUUCUGA